UGCUUCAGGUCUUCUAGACCUUGUUAUCAUUUUUCUGGGAUACUGCCAUUUUCUGUUCUCUUUCAUACCUGACCCUGUGAUACACUGUUUACCCCCACUGCUUGCUGCAUCCGUCUUUACCUUUUCAUACCAUACUGGUUUCCUGAGCGGCUUCAUCCUGGCCGGCACUAUUCCAGCCAAGGGGGAGGAGGACUUCCUGACGCUGGCCGCCUCGCGGCUGAGCCACAGGAAACGUGUCAUUGGAGCUGCUGUAGGUGUGGCCAUGGUUCUAAUACUUUUGGUGGCCAUUCCCCUGCUGGUCCACACAACCAAGGGGGGGAAUGCCGGAAAUUCAGGGAGCCAUUAUGAAAUGCUUGGAAGCUGCCGGAUGGUAUGUGAACCGUACAGCACCUCUCAGCCAGGCCAGGAGCUGACAGCCGUGUCACCACCACCCCAGGAUUACUCUGGGAAGAAGAUAAAGUCUGGGCUUCGUGGGCCUCCAGGCAUCCCUGGCCCUCCAGGAGCACGUGGACCCCCUGGAGAGCCAGGCAAACCAGGGCCCCAGGGCCCCCCAGGUCCAGGUCCUGGUGGCUAUUCUCCCUCACUCUACACUCCCAAAAUUGCUUUUUACGCAGGGCUACGCAAGCAGCACGAGGGGAGCGAAAUACUGAAGUUUGAUGAUGUGGUGACCAAUGUUGGUAACUACUAUGAGCCCAGCACUGGCAAGUUCACCUGCCCUCUGCCUGGCAUCUACUUCUUCACCUACCAUGUUCUAAUGAGAGGUGGUGACGGGACCAGCAUGUGGGCAGACCUGAAGAAGAAUGGACUGGUAAGAGCCAGCGCCAUCGCUCAGGACGCUGAUCAGAAUUACGACUACGCCUCCAACAGUGUGAUCCUGCAUUUGGACGUGGGUGAUGAGGUUUGUGUGCAGCUGGAUGGAGGAAAGGUUCAUGGAGGAAACACAAACAAGUACAGCACCUUCUCCGGCUUCCUCAUUUACCCGGACUGAAUCUAAUCCUUACUCACUGAGAGAAGACCAACAUACUCAAAGAAACAUUCACACUUACACAGACAUGCAUGUAUGCAAAUUAUUGCUGAUACAUAAACAUGCACACUUAAAAGUACAUCUACAGAUAUCCUGAAAUGACGAAAGUGUGGAUUAAAUGAAAAUUACAGAGAAGAGCAGUUAAGCUGAGUUGUGUGAUAUUGAGACAGUCAUCAUGAGCAACAGCAUACGUAUAUUGGCUCACAUUGUGUGCAAAUGUAAAUUUCAGAAUAUGUACAGCAUAAAUGCAGAUAACAGUUGCGAGUUGUUGCAGCUAAUAAUAUCUAAAAUAUUCUAGUGUGUUCCAUAUUAACUGACAUUGUGAGAACUAGACUACAACGAACACCAUCAGUUCGAUUGUUUUUAAUGCAGUAAUGGUGUUGAGGGUGCUAUUAAUCAAGAUGAUUAAGCUGAGACAAAUGCACUCUUAAUGUAUUCCAAUCUUUACCUAAACAGUAUUUACCUUAUACCUGCUCUCCAUUCUAAUGACCUCUGGUCAAAUGGCCUGCCUAUAUUUUGAAACGUAUCUUUGUGAAAUGUUUUUCCUAUGCUUCAAAGAGAAUUACACCGAUUGAGAAAUAAAAAAAAACAAAAAAACCCUGGUUGUAACUAAAUGUGCACUGGGACAGUACUGACUAAAACAAUGCCAUCUCUAUAAACACACACCCUUCUUUUCCUGUUUGCAUCAUGACACAGAAUGCCAAGAUAAAACAAGACAUGUUAAUAUUGCAAGGAAACACAUAAAGAUAUUUUAUCAAUGGAACUUGUGUGAUGAAGUUUUAAUUUCCAAGCGUGUUACUGGCAGUAUUGUGAGUGUGCAUGUGGGUGGGUUUGUCAGCAGGUAUGAGUGGAUGUAUAGAUACUAUAAGAUAAUGGGGCAGUGAAAAAGUGACAGCUGUGUUGUACAAUACAUUACUGACACCUUGCUAUUGUGAUACCACCAUUACUAUAUAGUACUUUGUUUUUGAGAGAUGCUGUCAAAGUGUCAUUACACAAUAUGCGAUACAACACAAUAAUCUUGAGCUGGGGUAUCUGAUAUGUUGAAUAGGUUGAGUAGACAAUAUUGCUACUAAAAUCUCUAUACUAAUGUUCUUACAUAUUUUUCUUACAUAGUGAAGUUAGGGCUGAAUAAAGGUUUGCACAUUCAGCAUUCAUGAAAAAAAACAAAGACCCUUGUUCAGUUUCAUUUACAGUGACCACUUGGAUUAAAUGAGCAGAACUGGAGACGUGGCUAUGCGGCUUUGGAGACAAGAUCGAAGCUUGCUACAACAUGGAUUUCCAAUAUGUCUUAAGGCACUAAGAUACAAACAUUAAUAGUGAAAUACUGACCUUGG